AUGGAAAUACAUACUCGUACAGUUCAAUUUAGAAUAUAUUUUUAUUUCAUUAUAAUAGCCUCAUAUUUAGGUUUUGGAACUUAUUUAUUUUAUAUUUUGGAACAUGAUGCAUCCAUAGAAAGAAGAGAGGUAUAUGCUACAAGAUGUAUAAUUGUUAAAAAUGAAGCUAUAAAAGAUUUAGAAAAUGAAAUAAGAUUUCUUGAAAAUAAUAAUUCAUUAAAAGAUAAUAAUAUUAAUGCAUAUUCUGUAAAUUCUCCAUUACAUUUAAAUAUAUUAAAACUUCUUGAAAGAAUUGAUGAAUGUCAUCGAAAUCAUAAUAUAACAAAUGUUAAAGAAAUUAAUUUAUUAAAUGCAUUUUCUUUUGUUUAUUCAGUGUCUGCUACACUUGGUUACGGUGAUAUUGAGGCACAAACAAUUGGUGGAAAAAUAUUUUUUAUGCUUUUUUCAAUGAUAUCUAUUCCUCUUUUUAUUUCUUUUUAUGUUGAUCUCACAGAAUCUGUUGUACAAAGUAUUAUAACAUAUUAUUAUUCAAUUAAAUUUUACAUAAAAAAAUUAACUAAUUCAAAAAAACAAAAUAUAAAUUCUUUAAAAAAAGAAAUUGAAAUUCAGAGAAACAAACAAUUUCCAAAAGUUGUUGUUUCAAUGUUAUGUUUAAUAAUAAUUUUCAUUAUAUGUUCAAUUAAUCAUUUUUAUCAAGUUAAGAGUGUUAAUGACAAAGAGACGUUUUUACAAAGUAUGAGCUUUAUUUUUGAAUCAAUUGCUUUAAUUGGACUAGGAAAUAAUGUUCCAGAAGAUACAUUUAAUUAUUUAACAAAAGAAUUACCAUUAAUAUUUAUUGGAGUAUGUUUUUUUGGAAUAUAUUUAAAUAGUACUGUUAAUGUUGCACGUCAUAUGAUUCCAACAAUAAUAUUUAAAUACAAAAAAAAUAAAAAUAAAGAUUCAUUUGAUAUAUUAGAUUAUAUAUUAUAUCAACCGAAAAAAAGAAAUCUUGGUAUAUUAAGUGAUUAUCGUUCAGAUUCUUAUAUGAUACAUAAACAAAAUGAGUUACCAUUUUAG